CGCUAGUGUCGGUCUCCGUCGAGUGUGCCGCGCGCGUUUCUGCGUUCCUCGAUAAAUAAAUACGCAACACGAUCUAAACGUGACGCAUUAUCACGGACACGAAGUUAACGCAACGAAACAAUGGACGUGGGAAGAAGGAAGGUGGAAGGAAAGGGAAAGGAAAGAGAUAAAAGAUCUUUGUCGUCGUCAUUGAAAAAGAAAUCAUCAUUGAUUUCAACAGAUAGACGGAAAGCGAGAGAGAGAGAGGGAGAGAGAGAGAGAGAGAGGGAAAGAAAAUAUUUGGUGGUAUCAGUUCGAAAGCGUCGAUAAUAAGCAUCUCUUUGGGCGACGGUCGGUUAAGAACAUCUCUCUUUUUCUUUACUGGAAUGGCGCGCGUGUCGUUUCAUUCUCUCUUUAUCUCUCUCUCUUUCUCUCUUUUUCUCUUUAAACAAGCCGUCCUCGUUUCGUCACCGGCGUCCACACAGCUGAUGCGCCGUCUCGCGAACGCGAUGGCAACAGCUGAUCGAGAAAACCUUCGUGUUAAAUAUCGAAUACUAAAAAAGUACAUUGAAAUAUGAAUCUUUUUCAAAAGAAUACUGUCAAUAAUAAUAAGAAAAAUAGAAUGAAUUUGAUUAUAAUUCUCGAGAUGUUGAUUUUCGAAAGUUUUGUCUCGUUGAGCCAACGUGUUGAGCUAAGUAAGAGUGAGAAAGAAUGAGAGAGACAGAUAGAUUGACAAGGAGGAAAGGAGGGUGUGGAGUAGGGAUAUGGAUUGGCGAGAAGAAGGGAGAUGAAAGAGGAGCGGUAGGGUAGGCCGGGAAGGGGUUUCAUUAGCGGGGAGGAGGUACGGAGCUCGGAGGGUCUCAGUCAGCGAGCGAGAGAAGAAAAUAGUGCGAGUGAAGGAGCGAGGGAGGUAGGCGCUCGCGUUCCAGCCUUUCCCCGAUUCUCACUCGCUUCGCUCGGCCAAUCGGAGUAAGUAGGUCAGAGCGGUUGGCCAAUGGCGUUGAGCCGGACGGUCACGUGUCUUUGUUGUUAUCUAUCAGCUGUUUUUCCUUCAGGGGAGAGGGAAGGGGUAGGCAGGCGGGUGGCCGGCCGGCCGGCGCAGUGAAAGCCGUACGGCUCUGUCUGUCCUCAGUCCUUCCCGGCCGCUCAGCUGUGCGUCAUAUGUCAGCCGACAUCGCGUGAAUUAAAACCAUAUCGUAUAUUGAGAUAAUACCGAUUAUCAUCAUCGGUUCUUGGCAUCGUCGUCGUAAUGGUUUUUUAGUGUCGUUGUUGUAUACUCUUACGUCAGUUGAUUAUUGUUGUUUACUAGCAUUAUUACUAUUGUUACGAUUAAUCUUUCCGUUUUUCUUUAUCGUUCCGAUUUUUAUCAACAGCAUCCUACGAGUUUUGUUGUUGUUCUUCUGUAUUAUUUCCAGCCAGUUACCGGCAUCACGUACAUAUACAUACAUACAUAAAUAAUAUCUAUAUAUGUAUAUAGUAUUAUUUUGUUGAUUUCCCAUAAUCAUUUUUGUACGAGUCUGAAGCCCGCGUACUUUGGACGAGCGAAGAGAGUGUAGUGCGUUGUUUCCACGUAUUAUGCCGUCGUUGGUUAAGUGCGAGCGAAAGUACAUCGACGCGAAAUCGAUCGCGAGGUGCCGGUGUGAACAUGAGGACGGCGUGACGACGAGGAGCACUGACAGCGAAAGCAACAGCAGCAGCAGCAAACGCAGCAGCACCACCAGUAAUCAUAAUAAUAACAACAAUAAGAAGAACAAUAAUAAUAAUAUUAAUAAUAGAGACGGCGAGAACGGUAUCUUCCGUUACGUCGUCCAUACGACAGAAAAUUACGACGCUCGUCGUGGCACCGUUUAAAGGGCCGCGUGUGCGCGCGCGCACGCACGCACGCACGCUCGCGCCGAAUAGCGCCGUGAAGAGGGGUGCGUUAACGAUCUUCAAAUCGAUUCAUUUUAUUCUUCUAUCCGAUCUGUUGUUAUUACUGAUACUGAUCGUCCUCAGCUAUCGUAUAUUUUCAUUCCACUAAAUCGAUCUCGAGUCGAUCGAGAUCGCGUUGCGUCAUGUGGAUCAUCGGAUCGUAACGAAAUCCGUAUCUAUAUAUUAGUGGAAUUGUUUAAAAGGAAGGACUAGUUUGUUAGAGUUCGAAAGAUACAAAAAUAUAAAAAAGUAAACAAUUAACAGAAGAAGAGAAAGAAGAAGGAUAAGUGUGGUAUAAUAAUAAAAAAAAAAGUGCAAGGUCUCGGUGAAGUAGGAAGAGAACAGAGCGCGCAGUGGUAGUGUAUCGUGUUGGGGGGGGAGAGGUGCGUCAAACGGAAGGCGGAAGGGUGAGCGAGGUUCGCGCGAAGACUCGAAUAAGUUGAGUGUAAGCCGAACGUGAAAGAGAGGGAGAGGUAGAUAGAUAGGAUAGAUAGAUAAAGAAACACAGUACGUUGUCGUGUUAAGUGAUCAAAAGAGAAACAGAUAGAUGAUUAUAUAGAGAGAUAUAUAUAUAUAUAUAUAUCAUAUAUCCUUCUCUAUAUAAUAAAAAAAAAAAAGAAAUAAAAUAAUUAACGAAAAGGGAAAAUAAAAAGAAGUCAAAAUUCAGUUCUUCGUAAUAGCGUCGCCGACCGGCAGAGUGGAGAGAAAAAAGCUUCGAGCUCGAAUAAUGUCGACGGGCAAGAGACUGGCGAAGCGCAGUAUAAUCGGUACGAGGGUGUGCGCGCCCGGUGAGGACGGUAAAUAUUAUAGCGGUGUUAUACACGCCGUUAAGACGCCGGCAUCGGCGGCGUCCGAGUCUGGUUUGAGUAUAACACCGAAGACUCGGUACUCCGUUAGAUUUGACUCGGUGCCCGGAGGCCGACCACCGAGUCCAAGUACCGAAUAUUUCGACCGUGACCUCAUAGGACCCGGAUUUGGUUCCGUCACCGGCGCACGCCUCGUACCCGGUCAGAAGGUUUACCUAACCUACAACGGUAGGGAGAUACAAGCUGAGGUCACUCAGCAUCGUGAAGACGAGGUUGACGUUAUCAUUGCACCUAACGGACAGGAGGGUACAAUGAGUUUGACAAAACGCAUAGACGAAGUCAGAUUACUGGAGUCACGAAAGAGUGCUCGGUUAGCUGAUCAGGACACUGAUUUUGCAAGGCUUGCCGAUAUGGCUGGUGAUCGGAAACGUGCUUCGUCUCACUCCAUUGACGUACCGCACGUGAUCGGAUCUAGAAAACGACGGCCAAGCUCGAGCAAUGAUUCUGAACGAUCUUACAGUGGAUGGAGCGAAAGGAUACCUUAUGGUUGCGGUCGGGAGGGUUGUCGCACCAACGAACGUGGUGAUUGCAUGGACGAAUGCACUGCCGCGUUGGUUCUCAUGUCGCUUUCAUGCUCGCCCCACAGUCCUCACAACCCGUUACCACUACACUGCCAACAUAAUUACGGUUCCUGGGGAGGUAGAGGAGGAGGUGGAGGUGGUGUAGUAGUAGGUUCACCAGGAGUUGGUGGUACCUCGAAUAGUAGCAGCAGCAGUAGCGGUGCUUCCUGGCGAAGUGGGACUCCAAGUCCACCCCUAAGUGACGAGGGUGCACCAACGACUGGUUCGUUGUGGCCAACACCGGCUCACGUAUCACACAUCAAUCAAGCUCAUUAUCCUUGCAACCUUUCGGGUUCAUCCUCGAGCAGUACACCAGGUUCGACGAUCACCAUGGACGAAGGCAUAGUGCCGGAUUAUCUUGAAGAACAACAUCCACGUAAAAAGAAGAUCCGAGCGAAAGUUGACCGAGAUCCGGUCGAGAUUGAACUGAGUUCCUGUGAGACCUUCGAAAGCGAACAGGCCAAUGCUGCCGUUGUUUUCAAAUGUACAUGGAAAGGUUGUCUCGAAAUCAAGGCUACAGUCCCUCUCAUUGAAGAACACGUGCGCCAGUCCCAUCUUGGUCCAAAGAAAUCGAAAGGCUAUGAGAACGAUGGCGAAGACGAUAUAUCGGACCACGAGGAGGAAUUUUAUUAUCAGGAAGUAGCGGUUGAUCAUAUGAGUUCACCACCUACGAUGUCACAUCGGGACAUGGCUAGGCCACCUCACGAGGAUCCGGAGUAUCAGAAACAACUUCGUUUGGAAGCAGUACCGGUGAAUACGAGCAAUACGGAAAGCAAUAGUUCAGCGAUGCCGUGCGUGAAGGAACGAAACAAUGCAUUCACGAUCCUGCAAUCGCCCGGAACGCCGAUCAAGCACAUCAAAUUGUCGCCACGUCCAUUCCAAGCCUAUCACCAGCAGAACAUGGGCCUGUUGACGGUUUCAACCGGAAAGAUACCAUCCUCCCCACGCCGGAUUCGCGGUGAAACGAAAAAGUGUCGCAAAGUUUACGGCAUGGAGCAUCGCGAUCUCUGGUGCACCCAAUGCAAAUGGAAAAAGGCCUGUAGUCGUUUCGGCGACUAGGCCAAAAAGCCGCCCCGUUCUAACGUCCGCGGGCGGAGAUCAUCGCCGAGCCGACCCCAGAUUAUUAGUACGAUGCCAGUGCCAGCAAGACGUCGAAUAUCCUCGUCGUAUCAUCACCGACUACUACAACAAAUACCUCCACCACUACCAUUAUUAUCAUCGAUAUCAUCAACGACAUCGCUAUCGACACUACCAACGACUGCCAACGAUGAUAAUCGAAUCGAGAGAAACGAGAAUCGAAGAGCCAGAUCCUCGUUAUAUCGGCACGAUCACUAAAGGACGCGAUUCUUUAGCGAAGAGAUAUUACCCUCUUUAUCGUCCACCAUCUUUUUCAAACCGAUGGCUAAAGCGUAUAACCACCUUCAACGGAUUCCUUCCGGUACGAUCGUCCAUCCGUAAGACGCGUUCCUUCUUCUUUUCUUCUUCUUCUUCUUCUUCUACUACUUCUACUUCUUCGUUCAUCAUCUUGUCUUGUCCUUGUCCACUUUUUGAUCUCCCUGUCUUGUUAAUUCUCCUAUUACUCUCCGCAUUCACUUUUAUUUCUCUUAUUCUUUUUCUUUUACCACUUUUUUCAUUCUUUUUUUUCUUUUUUUUUUUUUGAUUUUUUCUUUCUCUCGAUGACGAGAGUUACGGCCAGAGAAAGAGAGAAGUAAAGUCUCUUCCCAAAGAGAAACGUCUAAUCCCAUGACGGAUGGCGGACGGUUAUAUAAGGGCCGAUCUUCGUGCGUUCUCGUGAGCUCGUCGUUUUUGUUUAUCGGGCAGCACAUGGCAAACUAUUUAGAAAUACGGGGACAAAAGGGGUGCCUUCGCCGUAACGAAGGAUCUUAAUUAUUAUUAUUAUUAUUAUUAUUAUUAUUAUUAUAUAUGUAUAGAUAGGGAAUAUUUGCGUGGGUGGGUGCGAGCGUCCGAGGCAUCCUCAGAGACCGACGCGCGCUCUCCUCAUUUUAUGUAAGUCUCGUCCGAAUUUUGUUUUUAAGCUCGGAGAGCGCGAGACUCGGCCUCUAUCGUAAAAGUUCGCCGUUAAAAGAAAGAAAGAAAGAAAGAAAAAAAAAAAAUAACAAAAAGACGUCGAACUGUUUUUUUUCGGUUCGGCAAGCUAGCCGAAAAUCAUCGAUCGUUGAUCAUCGUACAAACUUGUUUUUAAACCAAUCAAUCGAAUCGAGUAAUCUUAAAGUACAAUAUUUUUUUAUUAUUAUUAUAUUAUUAUUAUUAUUAUUAUUAUUAUUAUUAUUAUUAUUUUUAUUUUUAUUUUUAUUUUUAUUUUUAUUUUUUAUCAGACUUCUCGAGGUAUUACCGAUCUCAAAUAGGGACUUUACCUUACCGAUAUUGUUCAAUUAAAAUCACUAUUUUCUGUCUUGUCUCAUCGAUCGUACUUGAAAUUACAUUAGAUAAACUUUAAUCAAAAAAAUAUAUCGAAAUAAUGUUCUUCCCUUUUAACGAAAUGCGUGUAUAUGUAUAUGUAUAUGUAUAUACAUAUACACACAUAUAUAUAUGAAUAAGUUACGCGUUCUUACGCGUGUUAUCUUUGAAAAGAAAACAUCAAAGAAGUCAGAACAGCGGUAGCAAAUCGGUAUACAUAUUUCGACAAGCGUAUUUUGUCGCGUCGAUUGAGCCAACGGAAAUCUACCUCGACGUUUAUCUUAACGUUCACUGAUCGAAAUCGUGCGAGCGUAUACGUGCUACAUAAAUACAUAUAUAUAUAUAUAUAUAUAUAUGUGUGUGUGUGCACGUACAAUGUGUAUGUAUUUGGAAUGAAAAUAAUAUAUCGCUGUGUCGAAACGAUUUGCUUACUUGCUUGCUUGCGUUAACUGUCUUCGAGACUAUCUAACAAUUUGCAGAAAAACGUAUUAAAUAUUCCGUUAUCUUUGCGAAAGAUAAAAAUAUACUUAUAAACGUGUAUACAUGCAGUAGACUCCUGUAUAACGCGAAUUCUUGCACCACGAGAAUUCUUAUAACACGCUAAAAAUGUUGCAACUAUUGUUUCGGUCUAAUACGAUUUCCCCUCGUACGUGUACUAAAUAAAAAUCUUUUUACAUUCGAUGGGGUUUUUUUUUUAUUCACGUCACUAGCUACUUCACACGAUUGAAUUUGCUAUUGUUGCAAAAGAAUAAAUGAAAUUUUUACGAUUAGUGUUUUUUUUCUCCUAAUUUUAUGAACUUGAUAUUAUUAUUUGUAUCUUAAAUCGAAAUGGCACCUCGUUACAGAGCCUCUCUUCAAGUCCAAUAGCAUGACAAAUAAAAAAGAAGGAUAUUAAAUAACAAAUGGUUUAUUAAAAACUACAUUUUCUUUAAUCGAGUAUUACGUUUAUCGUCUUUUAUCGAUUUCUUAUGUUUCGAGAAUUAUUCUUUAUUAAUUUUUGAUCAAUAUGUUAUCAAGAAUAAUUUGCGGAUAAGGAGUAUUAUCAUAAUAUAUUUGUAUCUAAUAUCUAUAAUAUUUUCUCACGAACAAAAUUGUAAAUUAUCUCGAGAAAAAUUAUAAGUAAAAAUCGUGUUAUAUAAGACAUAUUUGUGUGCAACACCAUUUCCUAUAACUCGAAUUCGAUUAUACGGAGAUCUACUGUAUUCGUAACGACUCAUCCUUGCAACCUCGAGGAAAUCUUAUUAUUAGAUAAAUUAUUUAAUUGGAUUUAACAAGGCAAUUCUAAAGACAGAAAUAAAAAUCAAAUGUUCAUUUCCUUAAUCUUUUUAAUUAUAAGUAAGUAAAUAAAUACGCCAUUUUGUUUGGCAUCAAUCGUGUUAUGAUCGACGAUCGGUAUUAGCAUAAUAUUCAUAUGUAUCUCUCUCUCUCUCUCUCUUAUUCUAAUUAGACAGAUAGACAGAUAGAAAGAAAGAAAGAGAGAGAGAAAAAGAGAUGAGAAAGCCGCAUGUCCGAACCAUCUUUUCUUAGCUCAUUGUUAAACACACACAAACAACACACACACACACACACACAACACGGAUAAGCAGCAUACACAUUACAUGCAUGUUGUUCUUCCGGCAUUGAAAAAACGUUAAGAGUUACACUCUGUGCACUCUUAUCGUUCUUCGUUUCUGCUAAAGA